GUAGAGCAGCGUAUACAUAAUUUGAUAAUUUAUAGCAUUUUAUUUAGACUACUAUUCAGUAACGUACUGGCAUGGCGAAUCUUCUACUCAAAGAUGCAUUAAGUGGACUAAUAGCCGUGGAAGAUAUUAUAGAUUGGUUGACAACUGACGACGUCGAGAAUUCGAAAUGGGAUAAUUUCAACAAAUCUGGAUGCACGCAGUGUGACUUUCUUCUGUACUUUCUAAGUUUUCUACGGGAGCAAACGAAAAGCGUACUUCACGGCUCGUAUAAUGCAAGACAAACUCCGACCAAAGAAAUUCAAUGCUGUGGUUCAACAAAUGACAGAUUGCAGAAAACAAAUGAAAGAACUCAUAGACGUGUUUCAUUGUUCAAUGCCGAUGCGAACUCAGUACCCGAUUCAAAAAAUGAGGAUACCCAGGGCUUGAGAGGCCAUGCGCGUAACAACGUCUCUGCUGUGUCAAAACAAGAAAUUUCAUCAAUAACUAACACUGUUAAAUUGAACAACAAGUCUCUGUUGCGCGAGACGGAUGCGAUUAGUGAAGGGCAGGCCAUGUUUAAUGUCCAUAGGAUUGGGGGAAACCAAAGUUUGUCUAUUCCAACAAGUACAAAAACACCGGAAAAAAUGAGAGUUGAUAGAAAUUCAUCUGACGGUUCUGACAUUGCUAAAAAAACAACGACUAGCACACCAUUAGUUGAGACAGAUCCUUCGAGUAAGGUUCAUAAAAUAUUCAAUGGGUUUAGCCAGCACGUUUCUAAAGCAGAUGCGCUUGGUCUUACUACUGAUGAAAAUUUUCAACUUUGUAGCACGCCGGACAUGAAAACUUUAUCUACUAAAAAAUCUGAAUGUUAUACUGGUAUUUUAGAAAACCUGACAAAUUGCAACGAAAAUUUUGAUAUAUCGAAUUGUUUGUCGGUAUCAAAAAAUGACAAAACUCCAAAUAAGCUAUCGAGUUCUUAUAGAAAUGGAAUUAAGGAUGGCAGCUUAGCAAACACGUCAUCAGUCUUUGGCGAUAGCAAUAAUGACUGGCAUCAUUUAAACAGUUUAAAUAUGUCUCCAGAGUCAAAGAAUUCGACAGUAGAUGAAUCCGUUGUGCUUAGCAAUUUCACGAUUGUUAACAAUAAUUGCGAAACUCCAAUAUCGCCUUUGUAUAUUAAUAAUGCAAUGACGCCGCAAAAUUCUAAGUUGUCGUACAGCAGAAGUGUGGAGCGAUAUCAAUAUUCAAAAAGUAGUCCGCAACAUUUCAACGAUAAUAGUCCUAAGCAAGGUUCUCAUCAUAUCCAAAGGAACUUAAAAUCUACACCCAGGCAGAACGCCAGCCUUGGAGAUUUUAUAAGCAUUGAUUCACGAGGUUCUAAAAAAAGCAGUUCGAAGAAAACAAAUGCAAGAAUACAAUCAAGCAAGAGUAGUGAUAGCGAAGGCUCGGUGAUGGAUAAGUUAUCCAUAACAGAGGAUGGCUUCCCAGAGAUCGGAAAGAGUUGUGGAAGAAGGAAGCGAAGAAUCAAGCCAACAAAACUAGAUACAUCAGAUGAUAAAGGAAUUAAAGAGAACUCAACUUUUGGAACAAUAAGUAGACCACAAAUAGUAAACCCUCAAUUCUUGGAGAUAUUGCAGACUGAUAAGCCUGACACAACACCAUUCGAACUUGAAAGGGAUUUGUUGCGAUUAGAGAGACAGAAACAGCAAAAAAGCAUACCCGAUACAUUGGCUGAACAUGUUGAGCCAUGUAUAUUGUCAAAAACAACUAAUAUAAAAACGUCGACUGCACCACUUUUAACUCCAAGCUUACAACACGUUGAAAAUCGUCAAGCUUUGGAUAAAUUAGUAAAAAUUUAUUCUAGCUUGUUGGAUUAUAAUUUAGUUAUAAACCCUAUGACGGAAUUGAAUUUUGUGAUAUCUUUAAUUACUUUGCAACAUUCAUUUGGAAAUGAUAAAUAUCAGUCAGUUUCGAACAAUCACAGCUUGAAAGAAAAGAGUAAUGCAGUGAGAUCAACUGUUGAAGAAAAAUCUCUUAACGAGAGUGAUGAGUGUCUGAUCGAUAAGCAUGAAAAUUCGAAAAAGUGUGUAGAUAUCGAAUUUUUGAACGAAGAACUUGGAUGUCAGGUUCUGAAUGACGAUAAUAUUUUAAGUACAGACAAAAAUGUUUCAUUGCAACGUAAAAUCGCAGUUGAUGAAGUAUUUGAGAAUUUGACAAGAUCGUCACUGGAUUGCAAAGAAAGUAAUUGUACAUGCGAAGGUCAGUUGAACCUUUCAACGAAAAAAAUUCCUAUUCCAGAUGAAUAUUUUCAAACGAUACACAACUGCAUAUAUUUUUCAACCUCCUUCUUGAACACUCAAAGAGUGUUGUUAAGUUUGUUAGAUAGAACUACGUUGAAGUUGCUUUGUGAAAAUAAUCGAAUUGCUACAUUUUCACCUGGUCUACAAGAAUACCUAAGUCAGUGCUACAGAGGAAAAUUGAAUGAAUCAAGUCAACUCAAGCAACACUUUAAUACUUUCAGUACCACCGAAGCAAAUGUUAGCUUUCAAAUCGAUACGGACAAUCGUGAAAAUUUUCCCUCUCUUGUUGGCUUUCAAAGCUUUAGGAAACAGCGUGACUUGUUUUAUGAUGUGAUGAGAAUUUGGGAAACUCAUCAUCUAGCACCUGGGUGGGUGUUUUCUAUUGCACUAGCGGGAAAAAUUCGGACACUGCUAUCUUUGCAUAACGACGCAGCAAAUUAUUGUCACUUUGCAAGACUAUUUAAGUCUCAGUUAUUGUUAUCCUGCAUUGGAAAUGGAUCUAAGGAGGAGCCUGUAAACGAUGAAAGCUUCAGCUUUCUUAAAUCAUUGAAACAUUUUGACCCAGAGAAAUUGACACGACUACGUGAAAGAUUAGUUACGCCACUUUCAUCCAAAGGACCCGUUCCACCUCCGUCAUUUCCCGGAGUACAAGAAUUUUAUAAAGAUUUUAUUCUGCAUGCUGCAAAUCCUAUGUUCUAUGCUCAUCUCCAAGAUUGUUUGGUCCAUGAGAUAAUGGAGCUGAAUGAUACCCAAUUCACGGGAAGUGAAAUUGAAGAUACAGAGACAAUGGUUGACCAGGAGACGAAACAGAAUUUUGUUACGUGCAUUUUGAGUUUAAGACUUCUUGCUAAAGUAUUAGGAUUCCUAAUUUCUUUGCCAUACAGAUGUGAACCACACUCGCUUGAAAGUGUCUUGGCUACGCAACUUGAGCUACGAAGUCAAGUUCUCCCGCCCUUAAAUCUUCAAUAUUGUCUUCAAACUGCAAUAAUUAAUGGAAAGUUAGCUCUCACUGUACCGUGGGUGGUCAAAUACUUGGCCUUAUUGGAUCCCGUGUCCUUACGAUUGCCCUAUUACAGGACAGUGUUGGAAAUGUUGUGCUACAUUUACUGCGAAUCAAAACAUGAAUCGAGACUUGAAAAUCCUUUGUCGUUGAAAGUAAAGAUUCUGUUGAAAUUCAGCAUUGGAUGGCUUUUUGAACUCUGUAACUUUCCAGAAAGAUUAUACUUCAAUUGCAGAUUAUCUCCAACUCAUAGAAAAUUCAAAUCAAUCAGCAAUUUCAGUUCUAAGAAUUUACAAAGUACUCUUGCUAUAGAAAUCGAACGAACAGGCAGUGAUCUCAAUCAGUCAAGUAACUCUAGCCCUUGCACAGACAGUCUCGAGAUAAUAGACGAAAGGAUAUUGUACGUGUGUUGCCCAUUCUUGGCUGAACUGAAAACGCUCUUAAUAGCAGAUCAUUCUAACUUGAAUAACAGCACCACAAUUCGCCAUAUAACACCUGUUUCGCGUGGUUUUGAAAAACCAUUCGGUAGUACCAGUACUAAGCAGUUACAGUUGCAACUGGAGGAAGCAUUUUUUCAUGGUCAACCAAUCUCUACCCGAAAAACGGUUGAUUUUGUAUCUGAACGGGUUGCAUCCAGUUGUGUAAAACACAUUUGUAAUUCUGCUUUACCACGGGCAAGAAAAAAAAAUGUAGUCAAGUUUCAGGAUGCCCUUUCUCAACGUAUAUUACCUGACGAUAUCAAUAAAUUCAAGUCUUCUAUGACAGCGGAAAUGCAUUCAAUUGCAUCGAAUUUGUCGUUGGAAUUGAAGACACAUUGUGAAGCAGACAUUUUGGAAAUGUGUGAAUCUCGUACUAUGAAGUCUAUUGACUCUCUUUUAGCAGAGGACACAUUACCAUCUGUUAAACAGAUGUGUUCUCAAAUUGCGGUCAGAAUAGCAACAGAGAGGGUUAAAAACUGGAUUCAGUCCCACAUUACCGAUGGAUCCUUAUUUUUCAAGGAUAUGGAAAUGGAGGUCGACAAAGCUUAUAAAAAUAAAAGCAAUCCUAUUCAGUUUGAAAAGAAAAUUCAUAAUACUGAUGCAGCAUCUCCUACUGAUGUGAUAAUUGACCUUCGAUCAAUAAUUUGGGAACUGUUGGAGAAUAAGGGAAAUUCUGUGAAUUUGCAAAGUGUUUUACAAUCUUUAGACAAUGUAUAUAAAUCUUUAACGGAAAGAGCAGAUUUAUUACUUGGUCCAGAAAAAAUAAUUGGCUCCAUGAGUGUUGACUUGGCAUUAUUCUUAGCUGCACAUAGAACGGAUAUUUUUGUUUCGGAAGUUCACGCUAAGCUAAUUCGAAUAUGGAAAAUGGAGUGUUUAAAUUUUUUGCAAAAAGAAUUAAUUUUGCCUAGAAUUCUUAGUCCACGAAACAUUAUGCUUCUGGCAAACCCACAAAAUCCAGAUGUAUGGUUGUCUCUUGGAAAAUUUAUAAAAAGACUGUUGAAAGAAGAAGUUUUAAAUGUUGAGGCUUUCAGCGAUCAAUGUACAAUGCUGUUGAGAUAUGAUUGGCCAAUAGAUAUAUUGAAACAUUUAUCGAAAUGUUUGACCAGUGGAAUUGAAGAUUUCAAAUCUACGAACGAGGAAAGUCAAAAAAUUAAACUACUGCUUCAAUGGAUAGCGGAGACUUGUGAUGAGAUGGAAUUUACGUUCGACUGAAAGCAUAAUUGUUAAAUGAAUUGCUUUAAAUUACUCUUUAUCAGAAUGACAGAUUUUGGAUAAUUUACAUACUGCAUAUUGAUUGUAGUCGACGAAGUAAAUGUUUAUGUAAUUGUAUGUACUAGUAUGAGCACACAUUUCUUGGUUAAUAAAAG